UCUCUCUCUCUCUCUCUCUCUCUCUCGUGCGUAUGCGUGGGCGUGGGCGUUUGUGGAGCGAGCGGAGCGUGGCUGUGAGAUUGAUUGUGGAAUCUUUGUUUUCAAACUUAUUUUUUUUUUUCUCCCACUUUUUUAUUUUUUCCCCUCGCUGUUUAGUUAACAAAUAGUAAAAACAAAAGGUUUUUGUUCUGGUGGUGCGGUCUUUCAGACGCCGGAAUGGCGUCUGUUCCCGUGCAAGGAACGCCAACUCUGUCACUCCGGAAUGGUUGUAAGUGUGUACCAGAGGCCGGGGUGACAGUGGAAGAGCUGCUUUUGGUUAUAGGAGAGCAAGUGGGGUUUGAUAAUAUCAUUUCUGCUUCGCGGAUGAACAAGGCUGUCGUUGUGUUUUUAAAAUCAGACUCUCAUGUUAACCAGUUGACUGUGAGCGGAAUAUGGGUAAGGGAAGCGUUUGUUACGAUAACCCCGCUAUCCGCUCCAGCAACCAAGAUCAUCAUUUCAAAUGUUCCGCCGUUUAUAACUAACGAGACUAUCACGAAAGAACUGCAGAGGUUUGGAAAGAUCACCAGCCCUGUAAGAAUGAUUCCGCUUGGAUGUAAAAAUAAUGCGCUUAAACACGUCCUCUCGUUUAGACGCCAAGUCUUUAUGUUUUUGAAUUCACCGGAACGUACGUUAGAGGUCUCUUUCCGUGUUAAUCACGGGGAGAAUUCAUACAUGGUUUACGCUAGCACUGAGAACCUAAAGUGCUAUGAAUGCGGACUCCUGGGUCACAAACGUUUUGCAUGUCCGCAUAAAGAUGACCAACGUGCAUCUACUUCUCGUGAGGAUGUAAAUGAUACUGAACAGCGAAAGAGUGAAAGUGAAGAACAGGGAACUGAAGAGCAGGAUGAAGGGCCUACAGAGGAGGGGAAGAUACAGGAGAUGGCAGUCCCGUUCAAGAUCCCCAAAAAGAAGCAGCCGUCAGAUCUGUGUCUCGACAUGCAGUCUCCACUGUCUCGACUGCAGGACAGCAGCUCACACGCGAAGCAGUGGGGUUCGGUCGCUCUGAAUGGAAGAACGCUUCAGAAAUGCAGUUCUAAUGGAAAUGUGCUGCGGAGAGAUUCUCAGAGGAGUGAAUCUUUGAGACCCAUCAGGCCGUCUCUCAGCGGUGAGCGGCGGGAUCUUUCACCGGGCUCACGGACACGCACCUGCUCGGAUAACAUUCCCAGAGGAGCCACACGUGGACUGAUCAGUUUUAAAAUGAACAGACAACCGAUCAAAAUCAGCCCCAUGCAGGGGAACAGGACAUCCAAUAAGGUGUCCGAGACGCCCGGUUUCAGAGCCCAAUGUCAAACUCCCACCCCGGGGAGAGACUUCACAGGAAACAGCAGAUGGAGACCCAAAAGAGCAUCGGAUACUCUUCUCUGCCAUGAUGAGAACCAUACGGGCGCGUCUGAAAGCUCUUCGUUCAAGAUCCAUAGAGGCCUGGAUCCAGGGGAACUGGAGGAAGAGGAAACCGAAGGGACACAAGGCCACUCUCCGGUGAAAGAGGCACAGAGGUCGUCCACUUCAGAGGACACAGCGCACGUUUCACUGGAAGAGCGCAAAUUAAAGUCAACCGGUUCUGUCGGUGACGUCUCUAAGGUGAGAUGGAACGCUGCAAGCCAAAAACAAGAAUGGGACUGUGUUGAAUGA